AUAUUCCUGGAAUUAGAAUUGAAUUUGUUUAUAACAAUCAUUUAUUCAAUUGUAUAUCCGCCUAUUAAUUUAAUGACUUUACUUUUAUUAUAUAUGAGGCAUCAUCCAUCAAACCCGUUGAAUAGUAUAAAUCAAUUAAUUAAAUUAAAUACAAUAGGAAAAAUAUCUAAUGACAUAUUGUUGUUUUUUUCUAAAUGUUGCUAGGGAUCAAUAAUUUUUCUAGAAUAUUAAGGAUUUCAAUUCAAAUUCAUAUAAUAGAUAAUAUGGAAGGUUUGUUUAACAAUUUUAUUACUUAAAAUGUAUUCUCAUUAAAUUAAAUAUUAUGAUAAACAUAUAAAUGGAAUAUAUCAAUAUUGUUUCUAUUAUUCAAUGGUUUCAUAUUACAAGAAUGUCGAAUAAAUCAAUUAUCAUUCUUUUUUUUUAAAUAAAGAAAUUGAGUCCAAUUUUAAAUGUUCCCAUUUUUGAAAUUAUCACCAAUAAUGAAUUUCAUUUAAAGCAUAUAAACAAAAUAAACAUAGAACAUUGAACAUAGGUUUAUUUAUCUUUAUUUUUUCUAAAGAAAAAUGUGGUAUAUUCUAACUAAACAUGAACAUCGAUUUAAAUUAUUACUUAUUCAUUUAUUUAUUUCAUAUAAUGGUUUAUUUACAAAUGUGAAUUCAUUGAAUAUAUCAUAUUGGAUCAUUAAUAAAACAAACAUGACUAUUUCACAACAGAAUAAUUCUAGUAUUAAAUCAACAUUAUCAAUUAACAAGUUGAAUACCUCAGAAUGUAUUAGUGAAAAUGAUUCUGCAUUGAUAACAGGGAUAAUUUUUAUUUUAUCAUUAAUUGUUGCAAUAGCUACAGCUGGAGGAAAUUUUCUAGUCAUUUUAGCCGUGAUACUUGUGAAAAAACUUCAAACACCAAGUAAUAUUCUUAUUGGAAGUUUAGCAUUCAGCGAUUUUUUUGUAGCUUUGUUAGUUUUACCGUUUACAAUAAUUGAUGCAUAUCAAGGUUAUUGGCCGUUUAAUGAAGGUUUAUGCGAUAUGUACAUAUCUUUUGAUGUACUAUUGUGUACUGCAUCAAUAUUAAAUCUUUGUGCAAUUUCGAUUGAUCGAUAUUUAGUUAUCACAAAACCACUGACAUAUGCAAGUAGACGAACACCACAACGUAUGGCUGCUAUGAUAGCUACUGCAUGGAUAGGUUCAGCAUUGAUAAGUAUACCACCAAAUUUUGGCUGGAAAGAGCCAUUUCAAAAAUGUGCCUGCGAGUAUAGUAAAAAUGUUGGUUAUCAGGUGUAUGCAACAUUUUUUGCAUUUUAUCUACCACUUAUAGUGAUGAUUAUUCUGUAUGGUAGGAUAUUCAAAUUGGCUAGAGAAAUGUCACGCAGUGGUCAGUCGAAAAUGACACCAGGCACAUCAUGUAAGUCAACUGAAGUGCCAGAAACUAUAUCAAAUAAUUCACAUUCAGAACCGAUAUUAGAUAAGAAUAUACAGGAAUUACAAAUUACAAGUACAAAUAUAGUUGAAUAUGUACAGUCAGAUGAUGAGCACAUAGUAACUAAUGCAAUUAUUAAUGGUGUGAAAAAAGAUGGAGGUACAAAUGACAUUUGCGAAGCAAUAGAAAAUGAUAAAAGAUUAAACUCUUACUCAUCAAGAAAACUAUUGACUGAUUCUAUGAAUUUAACCAAUGAAUUGUCCAGAGAAGCUCAUGGAAGAAGAUCUCGUGGGAAUUCCGACACUAAAGUAAUUAAAACGCUUGGAGUUAUAAUGGGAUGUUUUUGUCUUUGUUGGCUUCCAUUUUUUAUGAUACAGCUACUUUUGGCCCUUUUAAGUGCAGCUGGUUACAACACUGCAAACAUGAUUCCAGUUAGUGUGUUUCGAUUUUUGCAAUGGUUAGGUUACGUGAACAGUUUUCUAAAUCCACUUAUAUAUGCCAAAUUUGAUCGUGAAUUUCGUGGGCCUUUUAAAAUGAUACUUCUGUGCCAUUGUCGUAAUAUUAAUGCACGAUUACGUGCAGUUCAUUAUUCUGCUCAAUAUGGUCUACCAAGUUCAUCAAGUAAACGUCAAAGCAUUGUUGUACCUUCACUUUAUACACGUAAUGAUAUGGCUUCAAGAUGUCUAGGGCAGUCUGUAAAUCAGAGAUCUACUAGUGCGGUGCCCAUAAGGCCACGUCGAAGACCUCAAAUGAAUUUCAGAAACGCUAUUUCAGGGCGAACGGACGAAAGAUAAUCCUUUCUUUUUCAUAACUUUUACAUGUCUCGAAAUCCGACAUCAUAUGAAAUAAAGCUCAUAGUACAUACACAUACAUACAUAUACGCAUAUAUACGUAGAUAAGUGGAUGAUUGAGAUCAAUUUUUUACACAAAACUAUCUACUUUGUAUUCUUUAUUUGUACAUUGUGAUCUACUUAACAGUUUUCUCCCAAUCUGUUCAUCAUUUUUACAUUUUAAAAAAAAACAGAAAAAUGUUUUUGAAAAGAAAACAAAUUCACUAUAAUAUUUUCUCUCCAAUGAAAUACUAUUCACCAAGCAUACUAAACUAAUUUUAUUUAUUCUCAAAGAAUCAACUUCAUAUUUUUUCUAAGUAACAAAACAGUGUUUACAGAUGUAUUUUUUUCUCUUUUGUAAAUUUUCUUCUUGUUUGGUUUAUCACAUACUUCUUCUUUGUUGCUUUUUUUUUCUACUUCAAACUAGUCACAUGUAAUAAGCGCUAAUUUUGUAAAUCAUGUUGAAAUUGUGUAUUAAUUAAUGUACAAAAGAAAAAUAAGAUCAAAUAAAAUAACAUAGCACUGG